CCGCCGCCGUGGGUGCGGGUCCCGGUGCCGGUGCCGCCGCCGCCGCUCUGCGCCCCCGGGCCGCCCGCCCUGUCCGCGGCCGCCAUGGGCUCUCUGCUCAGCCGGCGCAUCGCGGGCGUGGAGGACAUCGACAUCCAGGCCAACUCGGCCUACCGCUACCCGCCCAAGUCCGGAAACUACUUUGCAAGUCACUUCUUUAUGGGAGGUGAGAAGUUUGACACCCCUCACCCCGAGGGUUACCUUUUUGGUGAGAACAUGGACUUAAACUUCCUUGGAAAUAGACCAGUUCAGUUUCCCUAUAUAACUCCAGCUCCACAUGAGCCAGUGAAGACGCUGAGGAGUUUGGUGAACAUCCGCAAGGACUCUCUCCGACUUGUCAGGUAUAAAGAUGAUGUUGACAGCCCUACUGAGGAGAAUGGGAAGCAGAAGGUGCUGUACAGCCUGGAGUUCACCUUUGAUGCAGAUGCCCGUGUUGCCAUCACAAUCUACUGCCAGGCUACAGAGGAGUUUGUUGGUGGCAUGGCCGUAUACAGCACAAAGAAUCCCUCUCUGCAGUCUGAGACAGUUCACUACAAGAGAGGGGUAAGCCAGCAAUUCUCCCUGCCUUCCUUCAAGAUUGAUUUCUCAGAGUGGAAGGAUGAUGAGCUGAACUUUGACUUGGACCGUGGCGUGUUCCCUGUGGUCAUCAGAGCAGUGGUGGAUGAAGGGGAUGUGGUGGUUGAGGUCACUGGUCAUGCCCACGUUCUUCUGGCUGCAUUUGAAAAGCAUGUUGAUGGCAGUUUUUCUGUGAAACCACUAAAACAGAAGCAGAUUGUUGACCGGGUGAGCUACCUGCUGCAGGAGAUCUACGGCAUCGAGAACAAGAACAACCAGGAGACCAAGCCUUCGGACGACGAGAACAGCGACAACAGCAACGAGUGCGUGGUGUGCCUGUCGGACCUGCGGGACACCCUGAUCCUGCCCUGCCGCCACCUCUGCCUCUGCAACUCCUGCGCCGACACGCUGCGCUACCAGGCCAACAACUGCCCCAUCUGCAGGCUGCCCUUCCGUGCCCUGCUGCAGAUCCGGGCGGUGAGGAAGAAGCCGGGGGCUCUGUCACCAGUGUCCUUCAGCCCUGUCCUGGCACAGAGUGUGGACCACGAUGAGCACUCUCACCCCUUUAAACCCCUUAAGGUGAGCUCUGUCUCCCUGCCCAGCAGGAAGCCUAGGAGGGAAGUAAGAACAAGCUCUGACAACAUCCCUGCAGGCUACGAGCCCAUCUCGCUGCUGGAGGCGCUGAACGGCCUGCGCUCCGUGUCGCCCACGCUGCCCUCGGCCCCUCUCUACGACGAGAUCUCCUACUCGGGGGUGGUGGAUGGGAUGGCCCCGGCCAGCCGCUCCCUCGGGGCCGUGGACAGAGCCUUGGAGGGUGCCCACCAAAAGGGCAAGCGCAGCAAGUCUCCAGACAGCACACUACGGUCUCCCUCAUCCCCAAUCCAUGAGGAGGAUGAGGAGAAGCUCUCCGAGGACUCUGACUCGCAGGCGGUGCUGAGCGGGGCUGAGCUGGUCCUGAGGGAAACCAGCUCUCCAGAGAGCGUGGCAGGGGAAGAGAUGGAGGAGGCCUCAUCGGUGCAGCAGGGUAGCCGCCCGCCCUCGGUGGAGGAUGUGCUGCAGGACGGCGGCUGCGAGAGCCGGAGCCUGACGCGCUCCGAGAGCGACGCCCCGGUCGAUGUGUUCCUGCCAGGCUCGUCCGACUUCACCAAGACGCUCCCCGUCCGCGGCACCGGCAGCCCCACGCAGCCCCUUCUCUUCGAGCAGACCCGUCUGCACCUGGAGGACGAGCAGAGCCUUUCGUGAGCGGGGCCGGGCCGUGCCCGUGCCGCCGGGCCCGCCGGGCUCUCCGGGACGCAGCGCGGGGUGUCUGUGGCACGGACGCGGUUUCGGCACAGCCUGUGCAUGUGUCCUGGCGGUGGGUAGGGGCUGCUGUCGUGUUUGCCGUGGGAGGUGUCUGUGGGGCCGGGGCGGGGUUUGGGGUCCGAGUCGGCAGAUGAAGGACAUUUCCGAUGUAUAUUUUGUACUUACCGAGCACAGCCCUUUGCUGUCACUGCCCCUGUACAUAGCUGUGGCCCUCCCUGCCUUGCCGGGCCGCAGGGCUCCGCGGCAGCGGGGGAGCGCGGGGUCAGCCCCGGCCCGCCCCGAGGCAGUCACGGGGGGGACGGGGGGGUCAGCCCCGCCCCAGCCCGUUCGGGGCGACCCCCGCGCCCCCCGUUCCCGCAGAGCCCGGCGCUGCCCACGCCGUGUGCCUUGUUCUGCUUCUGCGGGGGGUCCCGGGGCACGUCCCCCCCCCCUCCCCGUCUAUGUUUGUAGUAAUAAACCCGUGGAGCAGC